AUGGCCCACUACUCGCCUGUCUGGGAUUAUGUCAAAAUUUCUUACAUUGUCGCAUCUCCCGGUAAACUCGACAUUCUAUUCAACUACUGCACGAAAAAUUUUGUACAAAUCAUCUUUAUAUGUGAGACUUGGUGCAAGCCUGGCUCGAUCAGCGACGCGGAAUUAUCGUUCAAUGAUACUUUCACUGUCAUCAGGAGAGAUCGCCCCGGCUCCAAGCCUGGAGGAGGUGUGUGCAUCCUGGUAUGUAAGACCCUCAGCUGCUGCCCCAUUGAAAUUUUUGGUGACGGAGAGGUUUGUGCUUGCGACCUCUUCACACCGAGUCGUCAACUCCGCCUCAUCUCUUUCUACUACCCUCCCUGGACCGAGUCUGUGGCUGAUGGUAUCCAUCGCAUCUCGUCGUUCAUAAGCGAACUCGAGUCGCUCCUCAGCAAUGAUGCGACUGUUAUUUGCUGCGGUGACAUGAAUCUACCACUCAUUGAUUGGAUAUCAUUUACCUGCCCUGCCUCUUCUGACAGCAGCACGCGCUCAAGAGAGGAACUGUUCAGAGAUUUCGUCUCCUUCUAUGGACUAUCGCAAGUCGUCUCUGCUCCCACUCAUCGUAGUGGUAAUAUCAUCGAUCUCGUCCUGACAAAUGAUGAGGACAUUCUUGGUGAUAUCGCCGUACUACCGGCACCGAUCAAAUCGGAUCACUACCUACUAUCCUUCAAGCUAACCCUUACUACCUCGAAUGCUUCAUCACUUAGGCAGUCAUUCGAUUUCAAAAAGGGUGAUUACGAUGCCAUCACGGAUCACCUCCUCGCUGUCCCGUGGCCGGGCGUGGCCGAUAGUGUUCAUGGGGAUGUUGAUGCUCUCUAUGACUUUCUCGUGAGGCUCCUGUGUGACCUGCGGGACGCCUUUAUUCCUCGACGCACCUCAUCUCGGCCAAACCACAGCCUACCUGACCAUAUCGCUCGUCUGUAUGAGCGACUCAACGAUCCCGCCGUUCAACAGUCAGCGGAAAUGCAUGAUGACACCAUCUCCAGGAUUGAGCGCCUUGUAACUCGAGAGCGCAGGUCGGUUGAGUCCCGUGUCGCCGCCUCUGGCCAUCCACGUGACUUCUUCCGUUACGCUCAGAGCCGCAUGAGCGGAGGAGCCGGCGUUCCUCUACUCAAAUCUGCUGAUGGUUCGGUGCUCAUAUCGUCCCAGCAGAAGGCUGAUCUCCUGGCUAAAUACUUUUCAUCUCUCCAUACUGUCGACGAUGGGUCGCAGAUCGCUGAUGGCCCCCAACGGAUGUCGCCGCCCUUGCUCCAGGAUCCCUCGAUUGAUGAACUCACUGUGUUCAACACUCUUCGUACUCUAGGUAGUAAACUCACAGUCACCCCUGACGGAUUACCUCCACUCUUCUUCACGAAGUCUGCGCUCGGCCUUGCCAGGCCCCUCGAAAUUAUCUACAAUCUAUCUCUUCGGAGUGGGAUUGUGCCUGCUGCUUGGAAGGUCUCGUUUGUCACGCCCGUUUACAAGGGCAAGGGCUCGCGUGCCGAUCCUUGUAACUAUAGGCCCAUUUCUAUAAAUGUUGUUGCUAGUGUAGCUCAGGGUAGUGUCAUUGGACCUCUUCUAUACCUGCUGUUCACAAACGAUCUUCGAUACGAGAUUGUAAAUGGUGUCGAGUACCGUACCUUCGCUGACGACACAAAGAUCUUCGCUGAUAUCUCUAAGCCGGGAGCGCGUGACGCGCUCCAAUCAUCCCUGUCCAACAUCGGACGUUGGGCUCUUCGUUGGAAGCUCCUGAUCUCUUCCUCGAAAUCUUCUGCCAUCCAUAUCCUCCACGAUGCGCCUUUCACGUACAUGCUCCUCGAUGAGGCUAUUCCUGAGAACCGCCAGGUCAGGGACCUCGGGGUUGUAUUCAGUUCUGACCUGAAACCCGAGAGGCAUGUCCAUAUGGCUAUCGCAAGAGCGGGCAGAACAGCAAAUUUUGUGCUCAGAGCUUUCGAUUGUAAAAUUCCGGAGGUCUACCUCCGCGCCUUUGAGGCACUUGUUCUGCCUUCCCUGCUCUACGGUUCUGAAGUCUGGCGACCCUGGCUCAAGGGCUCCGUGGCAGCUCUGGAUGGACUUCAGCGGAAGUUCCUCAGAAGAGUAGCCGCUAAGUGUGGAACUGAGCUUGAUCGGUGCUUCCUCCCCUCAAUUAGCGAUAUCCUCGACGAUAAGGACCUGAGACUCGCUCAUACAGUUCUACGUCUUCAAUUUAUGAGAGGCUUCUUCAUUACCCGCCCCACAAACACUCGCUCUGGACGGUUAUUCGUCAUCCCCAGAGCCCGCAAUAACACUGUAUUCAAUAGUUUCCGCUGGAGACUUUCCAAGCGCUUCAAUGAUCUCGGCCUGCCUUGGCCCCUCCUUAUCCCCCCGGAUGAUUAA